UAAGGUUAGCCUUCCAGCCUUCCAGUUUGCAGACACGUCCACACAUACACAGUGUCUGCUGCUGGAUACUCAGACACAUGCUGGACUGCUGGCAGGAGAAAUGCUAGCUACGAAGAGGUCUUCCACCAGUUUCUUUACAUACGCAAAUUGAGCUCCCGGCCCAGCCAUGUUCGGCACUGAGUCUUCAUUAAGCAUGUUUCUCAACACCCUGACGCCCAAGUUCUACGUGGCCCUGACAGGUACUUCCUCCCUCAUAUCAGGACUCAUAUUGAUCUUCGAGUGGUGGUAUUUCAGAAAAUAUGGGACCUCCUUCAUAGAGCAGGUGUCUGUGAGCCACCUGCGCCCCCUGCUGGGAGGAGUGGACAGCAGCUCUCCCAGUAACUCAAACGCCAGUAAUGGGGAGGCUGACUCCAGUCGGCAAAGUGUGUCUGAAUGUAAAGUAUGGCGAAAUCCACUGAAUUUAUUCCGCGGAGCCGAAUAUAAUCGGUAUACUUGGGUAACAGGUCGAGAGCCGCUGACAUAUUAUGACAUGAACCUGUCAGCACAAGAUCAUCAAACCUUCUUCACCUGUGACUCAGACCACCUCCGGCCUGCUGAUGCCAUCAUGCAGAAGGCGUGGAGAGAAAGGAACCCACAGGCUCGCAUCUCUGCAGCACAUGAAGCUCUGGAGCUUGAAGACUGUGCAACGGCGUACAUCUUGCUGGCAGAGGAGGAGGCCACCACCAUCAUGGAGGCUGAGCGGUUAUUUAAACAGGCGCUAAAAGCUGGAGAGGGCUGCUACCGCCGCAGCCAACAGCUCCAACAUCAUGGUACACAAUAUGAAGCCCAGCACAGAAGAGACACCAAUGUGUUGGUGUAUAUAAAGAGGAGGCUGGCCAUGUGCUCCAGAAAGCUCGGCCGAACAAGAGAAGCAGUUAAAAUGAUGAGAGAUUUGUGUGUUUUCCAGUUAAUGAAGGAGUUCCCUCUCCUCAGUAUGUUCAACAUCCACGAAAACCUGCUGGAGUCGCUACUAGAGCUCCAGAACUACGCCGACGUCCAGGCCGUUCUGGCCAAGUAUGACGAUAUUAGCUUACCUAAAUCUGCAACAAUAUGCUACACAGCAGCCUUGCUCAAAGCCAGGGCGGUAUCGGACAAGUUCUCUCCAGAGGCCGCAUCCAGGAGAGGGCUGAGCACAGCAGAGAUGAACGCAGUAGAAGCCAUCCACAGAGCGGUCGAGUUCAAUCCUCAUGUCCCCAAAUACCUGCUUGAGAUGAAGAGUCUGAUUCUUCCUCCAGAACACAUUCUGAAAAGAGGCGACAGCGAGGCCAUUGCUUACGCUUUCUUCCACCUACAGCACUGGAAAAGGGUGGAGGGGGCACUCAACCUUCUGCACUGCACCUGGGAGGGCACUUUCAGAAUGAUCCCAUAUCCUCUGGAGAAGGGUCACCUGUUCUAUCCUUACCCCAUCUGUACAGAGACGGCAGACAGAGAGCUGCUACCCACAGUGUUUCACGAGGUGUCGGUCUACCCGAAGAAGGAGCUGCCCUUCUUCAUCCUCUUCACAGCUGGUCUCUGCUCCUUCACUGCCAUGCUGGCUCUGCUCACACACCAGUUCCCUGAACUUAUGGGAGUGUUUGCUAAAGCUUUCCUCAGCACGCUGUUUGCUCCUCUGAACUUUAUCAUGGAGAAGGUGGAAAGCAUCCUGCCAUCCAGCCUCUGGCAUCAGCUCACCCGCAUCUGACCCCGACCGACAGAAGGGCCGACCGGACCAGGAAUCAGACCCAGGACCAGCACCAAGAGCAGACCUCUAUCUGGACAGAAACAGCUGAACUGAAAUCCAGAACACUGCAGCGGACUAGACUGACGCGCCUCUGUGCCAAGUUCAAACCAAACCGAGAGCAGAUGGGAAUCCGAGGAGAGGCGCAAAACAAAAAUGCUAAACAACACCCAGAAUUGGUUUUGACUUUAUUUGAUAUGUUUGCAUUUCUUUGGGUUAUCAGUCAUUUAAAGCUGUUCUUUUGUUGUACAAAAAGAGGUGAUCAAUUGCCAUCAUUAAAAAGGUGAAAAGGAAAAAAAAUACAAUAAAGGACUUUUUGUGUAUUGCU